AUGAGGGCGUUGGACAUUUUGGAGUUGGGACUGUCCUUAGAGAUCACUCCGGUGCUGUACUUGCAGCCCAAUCGCGAACAAUCGUGGAACAAUUCCCUCAAGUUUCUGAAGUACAAUAAACUCGAAAGACAAUCAAGAAAGCUCAAAGCCAUGGAUGAUGGCAUUCAAGAGAGACUGCUUGGUUCGGAAGGAAAAGAGGUGAGCGAUUUGAAAGGGAAGGUCUACGACGAAUCCAAGAAGAUAUGGAGGGUAGCGUUGCCUGGAAUUAUAGCGCGAGUGGCUUCAUUCGGAACCAUAAUAGUGACACAAUCAUUUAUUGGACACAUAAAUUCGUUAGAUCUUGCUGGUUAUGCCCUCGUUCAAACUCUUAGCGUGCGAUUUAUCAAUGGAAUACUGAUAGGCAUGUCGAGUGCAACUGAAACACUCUGUGGACAAGCGUAUGGAGCACGACAGUACCAUAUGAUGGGCAUUUAA